CUGGUGGUAUACCUGAAGGCGAAUACGAGGUUUCGAAUGGUGUCGUUUUUUGUUCCGUAUACCGAAGGCAGAUUCGUCAGUGGCGGCAGUUGACGGGCCUACGGAGCGGUUGCCGGUAGGGCUCAGGAGAAGGGCGCAGGUUGUACUGACGGCAGAUAGUCUUUUUCGGCACCUGCUUCGCCAUGAACCCCUGCACUUGUAACUCUGAUUGUUCGAAUCAGAAGCUGUCAUAUUUGCAUCGACCAUCGGCAUGUCAGUGAAGGACUGUAUUGA